CAUGCAAGAUCCCAGUACUCUGUCCAUCCACAAUCCUUAAUUUUCUCGACCACAACACUACACUACUACCUUCACCACACCAUGGCCAGGGCUACCACCCAUUUACACUUGGUCAUCUUCUCCUUCACCUUUCUCUUUGCCUUUGAGCUCAUCAUAGUCUCAGCUCACGGACUCGAGGAGGCAGCAAUGCUGGAGCAACAUGAGCAAUGGAUGGCUCGUCAUGGACGCAUUUACAAGGACUCAACUGAAAAGGCUACUCGAUUUAAGAUAUUCAAGAAGAAUGUCGAAUAUAUAGAUGCCUUUAAUGUUGAAGCUAAUAAAAAAUAUAACUUAAGUGUUAAUAAGUUUGCAGAUAUGACAGAUGAGGAGUUUAUUGCUUCUUAUACUGGUUAUAAGGCGACAACAAAAGAGGUAAUGCUAAGUUCUUUCAGUUAUGCCAAUGUAAAUGAUGUUCCAUCUACCAUAGAUUGGCGGGAGAAGGGAGCAGUGACUGAUGUUAAAAAUCAAAUGAAAUGCGGGUGCUGCUGGGCAUUUUCAGCGGUGGCAGCCCUGGAAGGCAUCAACCAAAUGAAAACCGGCCAACUAGUAUCGCUUUCUGAGCAAGAGCUCGUCGACUGUGACUACCAGAACCAUGGCUGCGAGGGCGGCUCCAUGGAGACCGCCUUCCAAUUUAUCACCCAAAACAAUGGCCUCGCCACAGAAGCCGACUACCCUUAUCAGGGAGGAGCAGGCACCUGCGACGGAGAGAAAAGGGCAAGCCCCGUCGCCGCAAUAACCAGUUACGAACAAGUGCCGAUGAACGACGAGGCGGCACUGCUGCAGGCGGUGGCCAACCAGCCGGUUUCUGUCGCUGUCAGCGCUGGCCAGUGGUCGGACUUAAGGUUCUACAACGGAGGCGUUUUCACGGGCCCAUGCACCACGAAUCUUGACCAUGCCGUCACGGCAAUCGGAUACGGAACUUCCGAGGACGGGACUAAGUUCUGGCUGAUUAAGAAUUCCUGGGGAACAGAGUGGGGCGAGAAUGGAUACCUGAGGAUUCAGAGAGAUGUUGACGAGAAGGAAGGCCUCUGUGGCAUUGCCAUGAAACCAUCUUACCCAGUAAUAAUGUGAAAACUUCAAGAUUGCAGCAUUUUAAUUAAAUCAGUGUCCAGUGUCGAUUGUUGGGAUUUGGACGGAAAGCAAACGGUAUAACAUAAUAUAUUAAAUGUAAUAAAUAAUCUUUUCCUCCUGUCCAAUUGUAGUUGGCAUUAUCAAAUACAUAAACUAGCUAUAGCUUGUGUGAUGAUAGGCGUGCGAAAAUAAUAUAAA